GGUUUUUGGUGACCGAUAAAACAAUAGACAAGUUACAGUACGGCAUUAAUAUGGGAAUAUUGCAAUAUUCUAAUGAAUACAAUUAAAAGAGAUAUAAACGAAAAAUAACAAAAACAAAUAUAUAUGAAAGCGGGCGUAAGAAUGUUAUUGUCAUCUGGUAUAAAACAAAUUUAAUUGCAAUAGAAAAUACUUGUUUAUUGAAUUUCUGUCAGUUUAACUGCUAAAUUGCAAGUCAUUUUUAAAUAAAUUUUAAAUAAUUUGAUUGCUGUUCAAAUGUAGUAUUCGAGAGUAUCUAAAAUUAAUUUAUUUAGUGUUUUAAUACGAUAUAAUAUUAGUUGUCAUAAUUUUGUGAAACUAUUUAAAAUUACAUUAAUAAAUCUUUGAAAAUUAUCAUUCAAUGUCAGAUUUUAAGAAUAUAAUUGAUUACUUCGAAAGUAAUGGAGAUAUAUAUUUUGACGAAAUUUUAAGGACUUCGAGUUGAUGAAAAACUUCAUUCCGCUAACAUUAACUGAAAAUUAGAAAAAAUUCAUUAAUUAUGAAAAACUGUUACAUUGAAUUAAGUAUGAUGAUAAAUAAUGAAUACAAUAACAUACAAUUUUUCAUAUUUUAUGAAAAAAUAAUAGUUCUCUAAUAGUUGAAAACGUUGAGGGAUACGAAAAUGUCUGAAAGUAAAGCAAAACCGGCAUCACCAAUACCGCCGGCUACUACUAUACAAUGCUGUAAUAGUUUAACAGAUACACAAUGUCCAGCACUUCAAGUGACGUCACGAAUGUUACGAUCGCCGAGUCAUGAAAGUGUUACAACUGACCUCUCUCUAUUUAGCGUCUCUUCAAUAGCAAGCGAACUACGAGGGGUUAACAGACUCGUUACUUUUAAAUCUUAUACCGAUAUACAUCUUUCUGGUCGUGGCCCAUCACCGAAACCUGACUCUCGUCAGGUUCAAAGCAACAGGCCAGCAGAUAUACCAGAAAUUCUUUGGUUUGAAGAAGAAAAUGAAUUAAUUCGUAGUUGUGGAGUACUUUCUUCGGCACUUGGACUUCGCAAAAGUUUUAGCACGAGCGACGUAUCUCAACUGCCAAGUCCAGAUAUAUUGGGGCCGAAUGGGUUGCGAUCAGCUGUAUCUACCUUGGCCCUUAACACUGCCCAAAGAAAUACUUUGCUUUUGGAACAUGCACGACUUGAUCAUGCUUCGAGAUCCUGCAGCACAUGGGUUGCUGUUGGUGAACCAGUCGCCAAUACAUCGCAACUUCCUAGUCCUCAUGGCGGAGCUACGCAAGAACAACAAUGUCAGCAACAAACAUCCAGUUCUCAAUCAGCUCAACAACCUUCUACUGCAUCACAUCCAUCCAUACCUUUCACAGGAGCUGAUUUUGUUAGGUCUGUGAAUAAGAAGGUUCGCCAAAAUUAUAUACGCCGAAGAUUGUUAACAACAUAUCGUGCUUUGGAGCGACUUUCACAAAGCGAAUUCAAUUUAGAUCAGUUGGAGGUUGUAGCGAGUGCAGCACAAACAGCUUCUGGAACUACAUUGCUGGUCCCUGGAACAACAGGUACUACUGGACCUGCACUAUUGGGACAAAAGGAACGAAACCAUGCUUUGACCAUUAAAGACGUUGAAAGAGAACGUGGAAAUCAAUUAUCCAAAUAUGAAAGAAAUAUGAUGAUCUUUAAUUGGCUACAUACUCUCGACGAUACUGCUAUUGUUGACAGUACAGAAUAAAUUGUGUUAACAGUGCUAGAGGCCGAAAGAUUUAACCGAUUAAGAUCGUUAAGAAUUAAAACCACCCUAAAAAGUGCAACGGCCAGAAAAUGUUUUAUUUUAAAUAAAAAGACAGAGAAUACACAUUGCCGUGUAAAGGGAGAUAAAAAACGUGUUAUGGUGGAAAAUAUAUCCAGAAUUCAGAGAUGCCGCCCAUAAGUGUAGUCGAUGGUUUACUAAACCAUGACACACACAGAUUUCGCUAAGUAGUUAAUGAUGGAGAAAUAUCUAAUCGAUUACGUAGAUCUUUUGACCUCUGAUACAGGGUUCUAUGUAAAUCCGACACUUUUUCCACCGACACCAGACAUACAUUUGACCUAUAACAAUUUUGAAUGACAACAACUUUAACUGACUGGCAGUAUUAGCACAGCGAAAUAACAUUUUCGGUAAAGUCUGGUGUCGGUGAGUUGUUGUCGGUGAAAACAGUGUCGGUGAUUUCAAUGGGACUCCUGAUAUAAUAAUCUUGAGCGAUUAUAAUUAACCUUUCCACUACGCUUAACAUUAACAUUUAAUUACGAUACAUGUUAUAAAAGUUUGUAUCAAAGUAUAUUAAAAUUCAAAUUUCUCACAACAAAUAACAUUGAACAAUUAUUUACUCUUUUACGAUUUAAGGCAUUAUUUUUAUAAUACAUUAAUAUACUGAGUACAAUUUAUCUAUGUUACAAUCUAUGUUUUGAAGUGCACCGAUUAAAUUUCAAACAAUUCAGCGUAUGAUGUCACUUGUACGCACUUACGGGUAUCCUGAAACAUUAUGUAGUGCCAAAUUGAUGUUGCGGUGUUCAAGAAGUCAAAUAGAUAAAAAAGGUUCCAUAUGCGAAGAUGUUUCAUUAAAGAACUAUAAGAAAUUAAGUAUUUGUUGUCUGUUAAGCGGUCAUACAUAUAAGACUGUUGAUUUUGUAAUUCUAUAGAUUUCUCAUUGACAAACAUAUGACUGACAUCACUUUUUCAGUUUUUAUACAUAUAAUUUUGCGAAGCUUCACGGCUAUAAUCGAUGCUUAAAAAUUCCUUUUUUUUGCGAUAUACAAACUUCCAUUUAUCAAAAUAAAUUCCUUCGUGUGCUGUUGACAUAUUACAAAUUGUUAAAAAUGGCAUUUCGAAUGCGCUCUCACACCUAAAUCACGUUUCUGAUUAUACUUUAACUAUUUUAUGUAACUUUAUAAAUAAAGAUCAAGUAGUCAUCAAAUCAAAUAAA